AUGAGAUUUAUGACUUAUUUUACAGUAUUAUUAACUGCGAUUAACUGUGGGGCAAUGAAUAGGCCAGUAUAUAAGAUAAUAUUGACACAAAAAGGCUUUACACAGUUUCUUCAGUAUGAUAUUGAUACGCCACCACUGAGAGAAUUCACAUUUUGUACGUGGAUUAAAUUUCGUGAUUUCACUCGUGAUCAGACUUUGUUUAAUUAUAUUGUUCACGGAAAAGAUCACAUACUAAGACUGUGGUUGGAUUCCGGAGGACGACAUUUAAAAAUUUCUGUGAAUGGAAAAACAUCAUCUAGUUACCCUGUCAAUUUAGCUCAAGAUGUAUGGCAACAUAUAUGUCUAUCGUAUCAAUCAGAUUACGGGGCCUGGGCGCUCUACAUUGACAGCCGUCUUGUUACAUGUGAAGUCGCACCGAGUUUACAAGGAUUUGUUUUGCCAGCGGGUGGUAGCGUAAUUAUAGGGUACGGAACUUCAAAUGAUGGUGCCCCAGGUGGAUUUGAAGGAGAGAUAUUUGGAGCUAACAUGAUACUGUCUUCGACCAUUGAAAGAAAUCAUACAAUGAAAAGAAAUCCUAAACUGAGACAAAAAUAUUUUCAUAGAAACAAAGUGACGGGUUCAAACGACAUCAAAUAUGUCAUUCUUGGCGAUAUGCAGUCGGCCAUGUCUCAUCAAGACUUUGAAACCACCUCGUCUAUUCCCAGCAGUACUCAAAGUUAUGUGUCCAUAAGAACACCAUUUAGUGUAGUAGAACAUGAUGUUGGUAUUGAUUUGACAUCCGGAAAUAAUAGGGGUGACUCAGUUAUAAAAAAAGGAAUGAAUGAUGAGGAUAAAAUAAGUUUUAGUAAUAUAAUGGAUGAUGCCAUCAUGACUCGUCCUUUUAAAGAACAACAAUUCAAUUUAAAACAAUUAAAUAAAGGGCCUUCUGUGUCACUUUAUGAACAGCCACCACCGCCUGGCUCGGUUAUUGACUAUUCCAAAUUUUCAACUAAUUCGGUAAAAGAACUUUUUGGUAGUCACAAUAUGAGCAAAUUUACUCGCAAGACUGUAAAAUUACAAAAUAAUGUCAUUUCAUAUAAUAAGCCUCCCACGUUAGCUUCACUGGAUAAUGAUAUCCUAACUAACUCCAGAUCUAAUUCUCAUUUCGCAAAUAGUGUGUUAAAUUUUAUAAAAAACAAUAAUAUAAAAUUGGACCACAAAAAGGUACCUUCAACAAUUCCUCUAUUUAAAAUCUCUGAUUCAUUUCCAUAUGCUUCAGAUUUUAGAGCAUCUAAAGCCUUUACGCCUUAUAUUUUUCAAAGGAAAAAUUUAUUUGAUAAACCAUAUAAAAUAAUGAAACGCGAUGUUCAAAAUCAUCGAAUAAAUGUUCAAGUUAUUCAAAACGAUGACAUUAGAAAUCAAAUUUUAAAGUCUCAUUCUAAUUUAAAUCCAACCAAUGUCGAAGUAACUAAUUGGGGGGAAAUUAAAAGUCACAAAGACUUACGCGUUUAUAGAAAUACAGAGAAUUCAGUCCCCGAAGGAAUUAUCUCAGAUGUAUUUGUACCUAGACCAUUUUCCGUCCAAUCGAACAAGAGGAAUAAAACUUUAAUGCCGUUGGAGUUUCGAAAGAAUAGUAUUAACGCAAUAUUACCAUUUAUAAAAUCUAGUGAAUAUUUGCCUGAAAGCAAUCCCAACAUAAAGAUUAACCAAAAUGAUGUCUACAGUCGAAGUUUAUCCACUCCAAAUAAGUGGCACAAUGUUAAAUCGUAUAAUAACGACUACUCGCCAAGAAAAAUUGAAACUGAAUUAUCUGAAAAUAAAAAUGAUAAAAUGGAGAUAUACAACAAGAAAUUGCCGUCAAUUAGGUUAAAAUAUAUUCCGGAUAAUCAUAAAAUAGUUAAAAACAUAGAUAACGAUAUUUUAAAAGGCCGUGAUUUAGCCUUAGAGGUGUCAAACGUUUCCGAGCCAUUUACAGAUUCAGUUUCAAUAUUAAAAUAUAAUCACGGAUUUUUGCCUAGUAGAACUAAAAAGAAAAAAGAGUCACAAUUUGAUAAAAAUAUAAAAAUCGGUAAUGCCUUAAACGAACGUGCUAUUAUUGGUGACGAUGAAAUAGAAAAAUAUAAAAGUUUCAUCGGUGGUAAUGAAAAAGUUCCAGAUAUAAAUAGUUACAGAUCUGACUUAGACAAAGUAAAUGAAGAAGUACCUCCUUCGUUAGGUUCAAAAAUUUGCAAAAAUCUUGAACUGUUUGAUCGGUUGCUUUAUAUUCAACCCGAUGGAAGUAUUGACGUUACACAUAUAUUAUCACCAGUAAAAGAAAAAAACCUUGGUAUAGCAUUUGUAAUACAAAAUUAUAAAAAAUGCGCGUUACAGGAAUCGAUAAUGGAAGACCACUCCUUGUUAUUUAUUGAUUGGAGUAACACACCUGUUAGAUUGUUUGGUGGUGCAAAACCCAAAAAGACAACUGAUCUAUGUGGUUUUUUUUAA